AUGGAUUUAGCUUUUUUAGUUGACAUAACUACUCAUUUAAAUGAGUUAAACGUACGUCUUCAAGGUAACAAUCAACUCAUUAGUAAUAUGUUUCAAAUAAUAACUGCCUUUGAGCUGAAACUUAAAUUAUGGCAAAGUCAAGUUGAGGUGAAUAAUUUUAUGUAUUUCCCUGUGUUGGCCGAAUACAAUCCCAAGAAUAGCGAGAAAUAUGGUUCUUUGAUUUUAAUUUUAAUUAAAGAAUUUGAAACCCGUUUUCAAGAUUUUUGUAAGACUAGUCAACUCUUUGCUAUUUUCGCAACACCAUUUUCAGUUGAUAUUACUGCUGUGGAAACUAAAUUUCAAAUGGAAUGCAUUGAGUUGCAAUCAGAUAUUCAAUUCAAAGAAAAAUUCAAUCAAUCAUCUUUAUUAGAUUUUUAUAAAUUAUAUCUACCCAAAGAAACAUAUCCAGUCCUUCAUGACCAUGCCUUAUUCAUGUUCUCGCACUUUUCGGCAGUACUUACAUUUGAGAACAAUUGUUUUCAAGAAUGA